AUGUUUGUAUUUGUUUGUAUGUAUGUAUAGCAAAUCGAACGCAAACGUAAAACAUUGGAACGACUGCGUCGUGAAGCACAGCGCCGCGGUAUCAAAUUGGGUCCUGGAUCAGCUUCUGAACCGGAUAUUGUUGUUGAGCCACAACCAGAGCCAAAAUCAGUUACCGAAGCGAAAUUACGAGCCAAAUUACAGGCCAAGAAAAAGGCAAAUUUCCUCAGAGCACAGCAACAAAAUGCAGAACAACUCGGGAAUGAUAAUGGAGCUCCCGGGGAACAAAUUCCACCGAUUCCGGAGAAUAAGCAGCAAGAAGGGGCCGGUCAGAUGAGUGGUGAUACGGCUGCUGGAACAACAGGGAAGAAGAAGAGGAAAGGGAAGAAGGGACAGCAAGCGAAGCAGCAGCAGCAGUUUGAUGCUAUCAAUUCGAGCAUACGUGAAAAAUUAGCAUCGAUCGCAGCUCGGAAAGAACGAAUGCACGAAAUACGAGCCCAACUGGUACGACCAGUUGUAGAUGAAACAUUUCGAAAAGCUGAACAACAGCUUAAUUCCAUAACGGAAAUGCGAAAAUUGCUGGAGGAGGUUCAGGAUAAAGGUGAACAACUACCGGAAGAAACGGCGCAAAUGCUUGAGCGUCAACUUGAAGCUGAAGAAAGUGGUGUUGGAGCAGUUGCUUCGGCUGCAGCGGCACUUCCAGAUUCCGAAAUACCGUUUGCUGAAAGUAUCCAGUUUGUAACUAAAUUUUGA